AUGUUCCGUGGUAGCCUGCACUGGUGCAUAAGCAACAUGAUAAUUGCAUUCGACACCGUCGCCGAGUCGUUCCGGCAGAUGCGCACUCCAGUUGUUCCUAAUUUGUCUGAUCUGUUUGAGAUGGAUGGAAUGCUCGGCAUGUCCAGUUUUGAUGAUUACAAUGAUGACGAGCCAAUUGUUGAUAUCUGGAUAAUGCAGGACUACGAGUGCAAGGUCUGGGCUUUGAAAUACCGGGUUGAAAUACCGUAUGCGGAGCUCACCUUGCAGUUUGGAUUGUUUUACCCGCGUGAUUGUGUGGUGUUUACUUCUUGGGUUGGCGAUGUGGUAGUGCUGGUCCCGUUUGGCCGCUGGCUACUUCAGCUUGACGUGGGUGGCAGGUUGGUUGCCAGUUUCGAGGACAGAGGUGGACUCAUUGGUCAGCCACAUCAGCUCAAGCAAACUCUUGUUCAGCAUACCUUCUUUCCGACACUAGAGGGUUAUGUUGUCAAUGAUUGGCCUUUCAUCUGA